AUGCUAUACGGGGUGGUACAAUCGGUGCUAUUAUACGUCGCACCAGUUUGGAAGAGGGCCAUAGAGGUGGAUAAGUACCGAAAGAUGGUAAAUGCUCUACAGAGGAAAAUGUUACUCAGAUACAUCACCGCAUAUAGAACAGUGUCGGCGGAAGCUGCCUGUGUCUUGGCAGGGAUCCCUCCUAUGGAUCUUUUGGUCAGGGAGAGGGCUUGCCUGGACGAGAUUCUGGAGGUCCGAGGUAUCCAUAAAGGCGUCGAGAGACACAGAACGAUACGGGAGUGGCAGGACAGGUGGGAAAAUAAUAACCGUAAUGCUCAAUGGAUAAAAAGACUGAUUCCGGACGUUGAGACCUGGUCGGCCUGCAAACGCAGCCAGCUAAACUACUACGUUACUCAGUUCUUCACGGGGCAUGGCUCGUUCAGGAAUUUUACCAGCUGGAUAGGUAAGAAUGCGGACGACGUAGGCAUAUAUUGUGGUAUGGUGGAUGACGCGGAACAUACCUUGUUUGUAUGCGACGGUGGCUUGGGGAAAGAACUGCCUACGAACUGGCUACGGGAAUCGCAGCCUCCCCCGACACAACUGUAA